AUGGAUGCUGUGUUCAACAAAUUAAAAACGAAAGUUUCAAGUGCUCUACCUGGUAAUCCAUUAACUCGAGAAUAUGAAAUUGAAAAACAAAUUGGUCAAGCUGGACCUGGUUUACUAUGGAAGUUGUAUUCAGCUAAAAAGCGGUCAACUCAACAAGAAGCUACCAUAUGGAUUAUGGAAAAGAAAUUAUUAGAAUCUUAUCCCAAAACACAACGUGAUUCUAUGAUUGAAAUACUUAAACAUGGUGUAUCCACUCUAACACGAAUUAAGCAUCCAAAAAUACUGUCUGUACUUCAACCAUUGGAAGAAUCACGUGAAAGUUUAGCUUAUGCAUCAGAACCAUUGUUUACUUCAUUGAAUAGUGUCCUGUCAAAAGAAUUUAUCCACAAUGGACAAGCGAAUGAAUCGAUGGAAUUCUCUUUAUCAGAUAUUGAAAUUAAAUAUGGCUUAGUGCAACUCGCUGAAGCUUUAAACUUUCUCCACUGCGAUUGUCAUCGUCUCCAUUUGAAUUUAACACCUGAAUCGAUUGUGAUUAAUCGAUUUGGAAUAUGGAAACUUGGUGGAUUUGAAUUCUCUCAGGCAAUAUCAUCUAAUCCAGACGGGAAACAGUCUGAAGAGUCUAUUGUCAGAAUUCCUCCCUGGCAGUCGAAUUUAAUGCCUAAUUGUCAGUUGAGUUUAAAUGCCAGCAGUCCAGAAGCAAUUUUACAGGGUGAAGUGACCGCUGCAAGUGAUAUGUUCUCUCUGGGUCUGCUAAUCUGUGCCCUAUUCAAUCGUGGUAAAUCAAUUCUCUACGUGGGGAAUGAUUAUUCAGCGUAUAAACGAACUGUGAAACAGCUACCGUCGACAUUGUCUACUAAAGCGACUAAUUUACCGAGUAAUUUAAAAGAAUAUGUGAAAAUGAUGAUUUCGUCGGAUCCACAAAUUCGUCCAGAUGCUGUUCAAUUUUUACGAACACCGUAUUUCGAGGAUGCAUCAAUGUCUGUACUGCGCAGUGUUGACAAUAUGUAUCAAUUGGAUAAUUUGGCUAGAUCACAAUUUUAUAAAUCCUUACCGAAUUCUAUUCACACUUUACCAAAACGUUUAUGCCUGUAUCGUGUAUUUCCACAAAUUGCUGAAGAUUUUUCUAAUCCCCAUAUGGUACCAUUUAUUCUACCGGCUGUUUUACAAAUUAUGGAUACUGUGAGUCAAGAGGAAUUUAUUCAGUAUAUGCUUCCUCGUCUUAUCCCUGUGAUGACAAUGAAAGAGCCUAUUCAGAUUAUAUUAAUAUUUUUACAAAAUUUACAUAUUCUAAGUGCAAAAUUUCCAAUUAAAGAAUUUCGUAAUUAUGUUCUACCAAUGUUACAAUUAGCCUUAGAUAUGGAUAAUAAAAUGAUACAAGAACUCUGUCUUAAAUCGUUACCAGGUAUAGGUAAAGCAAUGGAUAUAAGCGUAUUGAAAAAUUCACUUCUACCUAGAAUACAAAGGUUAUGCUUGUCAACAGAAUAUUUGUCGACACGUAUGCAUUGUAUCGUGUGCAUUGGCAAGUUAUUAGAUCAUUUAGACAAAUGGAUUGUUAUGGAUGAUAUUCUGCCAUUUUUACAACAAAUUAAAUCACGUGAACCGACAAUAUUAAUCGCUGUACUAGGUAUAUAUCGUUUAGCUUUUAGUCAUGAAAAAUUGGGUAUAAGUCGAGAGAAAUUAGCAACCAAAGUUCUACCUCAUUUAAUCCCAUUAUCGAUUGAAAGCAGUUUAAAUUUAAAACAAUACAGUGCCUAUGCAUCAUUGAUACACGAUAUGUGUAAACAUUUGGAAAGGGAACAAUUCAGCAAGCUGGAACAGUUGCAUGGUGCAACUGAUGAAAACAGUAUGCUGAGAAUUGGUAAUCUAGAUGAAAGUAUGUGGAAUUCAUCAAAUUCUUGUUCAGAUUUGAUGACACGAAUAAUUCAUGCCUAUGUGAAUGAUGCUGACCAGUAUAUUAAUAAAGGAAAUAUUUCACAAUCAGGUCCAACUAAUAACAGCAACAACAACAAUACCAAUAAUAACGAAGUAUUGUCAAGUAUUUUAUCAAAAAAUACAUCUCCGUCUGGAUGCUCUGAGAGUAAAUCGUCAUCACCACCUAUAAAUGGUUUAUCCACGAAUGAAAAUACUAAUAAUAUUCAUUUAAGUUUAGAACAAAAACGUCAGUUAGCUGCUAAACAAGAACAAAUUGAACAUUUAUCCAAGUGUAUCACACCAUUACAGCAACAACAGCAAUCUUCUAUUGGACCAAUGAAAUUGACAACCACAAAUAAUAAACCAAAACCAAUUGAUAUUACAAGUUCUUUAAUCACUUAUAAUCUGAAUGCUUUAAAUACUAAUAAUAAUACACAGAAUAAAGGAUCGAAUCGUUUAGGUACUGGAGUCCCAUUAUCUUUAAUUACACCACCUCAACCUCAACAGCAACCGCAGCAACAACAACUACAAUUGACUUACGGACAAAAUGGUGUUUUUAACGCUGCUCCGUAUUCAAACAAUUUUGUUCAAGGACAAAGCACAAUGCCGUCUACAGUGUCACCGAAUGCAAUCGUUCCAUUAUCCUUCAAUCAGAAUAAUAAUAGUAAUAAUUAUGCACCAUUUACCCCAAUGACAUCUCCACCAAUAAAAUCUGUCCAACAAUAUAAUAAUAAUAACAAUAAUUCAUUCUAUCCUAUGUCGACCAAUCAGAUGGCAAUGCCCUUGACGCCAUCUUCACAAUUAUUAUCCAAUCAAAAUUCAAUAAGCAGUUAUAAUCAAACCGCUAUUAAACCGUUAUCCAAAGGGGAUAUAGAUGAUUUGUUAAGUUAA